AUGGGAUCGCGCCAUUUCCCAGCUCGCACCGUGCUGUUCGAGAGGGAGCCGAGCGGAGUGACUUACCGCGUUCCAGCGCUGCUCUACAUCCCCUGUAUGGCAAAGCUGUUGGCCUUUGCUGAGGAGAGGCUGAGUAUUGAUGAUGCCCAUGCAAACCUGCUGGUGCUAAGACGAGGGACCUUCCUCAGGAACUAUGUGGAGUGGGAAGACAUGAGAGCACUGGAGACUGCGACCUUGAAGCACCAUCGGUCCAUGAACCCCUGUCCUGUUUACGAUGAAUUCACAGGCAUCGUCUUCCUCUUCUUCACUGCUGUGCUAGGCAAGACUUCCGAGGCCUAUCAGAUCAUCACAGGCCAGAAUGUCGCCCGCCUGUGCUACGUUUCCAGUUCCGACCAGGGGCGGAGCUGGAGCAAGGUUACUGACCUGACACAGCAGGUCAUUGGCAGGUCCAUCACAGAUUGGGCCACUUUUGCUCUAGGCCCUGGCCAUGGAAUUCAGCUCAAGUCGGGACGACUGCUGGUUCCAGCCUACACUUACCACAUCGACUGCAAGGAGUGCUUUGGGAAGCUCUGCAAGACAACCCCUCACUCCUUCACCUUCUACAGCGAUGACCACGGCCAGAGAUGGCGCUUUGGCGAGUUCAUCCCCAACCUGCCCACUGUGGAAUGUCAGAUGGUCUCCGUGGAUGAGGAGGAUGGCAGCAAUGUCCUCUACUGCAAUGCCAGGAGCCCCUUGGGCUUCAGAGUGCAGGCGCUGAGCACGGAUGAUGGAGCAGUUUUCCACUUGGGGCAGCUUGUUCAGCGGCUUGUAGAGCCCCCCCAUGGCUGUCAUGGCAGUAUCAUUGGCUUCCCUGCCCCUCUCUUCUAUGCCCCAAGCAGCCCCUAUUCACGGUGGACCAUGUCUUUGGGCAGCCAGCUGCAGGACCACCAACAGCUAGCAGGGUCUAAAGAGCCCAGUCCUUCCAGCAGCCAUUACGAGAUCCAUGAUUCCAUGUCCUCAGCUGUGUCAUGUGGAGGUCAGGAGCAGCCUGAACCAGGAGCUGCUUCCAAAUCCAUUUUCCUCUUCCAGACCCCAACAUGGGUGCUCUAUUCCCAUCCAACAAGCUCCAGGUCUCGGAUCAACAUGGGUGUCUAUCUCAGUACGUUCCCCAGGGAUGCAGAUAGCUGGACAGAGCCCUGGGUUAUUUAUGAAGGCCCCAGUGCCUACUCAGAUCUGGCCUACAUUGAACUGACCUACUCUGAGUUCUCAGCCACUGGGAUCCCAGCCAUAGCCUUUGCUUGCCUGUAUGAAAAUGGGACGAGGUCCCCCUAUGAGCAGAUCUCCUUCAGCAUGUUCACACUGUAUGAUGUGAUUCAGAACAUCCCCCUGAAAGCCACAUCACCAGACCCGAAGCACCACUUGUAUAAGAAAAAGAGGGGGAGGAGUUGUGUCACCUCCUAA